AUGCUUUAUAUGGAGAAUUGUGAAUAUGGUAAAUCUUUUUUUUUAUGCCAAUCAAUAAUUAGCAUGUUUUCCAAAAGAUCCAGAUUCUUAUGGUUUGAGAAGUGUAUAUUUAAAAUAAAUUUAUAGGGAAAUAUUAUUUAAAUAUAUUUAAAUAUGAAUAAUCAAUUUUAAAUCUGAAUAUAUGUUUGAAGUUGAGACCCAAUAAUGCUAUUACCUUAGGAACAAAAGGUUCUGAAAUUAAUAUAUUUUCAACAGAAUAUGCAUUUAUGAUGCUGGGCUAAAUUCGUGAAGGACAUUAAUGUCUUAAUGAAGCUAUUUAAUUAAAUCCUAAAAUUGCAGAAUUAUAUGUUGAUAUAGGUAUAAGUUUUGAAGGGAUGAGAAAAAUUUACCUAGCAAUGUUAUCGAAUGAUUAAGCAUCAAAAUCUAACAUGAUAAUCCAAUUUUAAUAUUAAGAUUAUAUAAAUUUGAUAUUUCUAAAUAAACAAUACAAAAUUGCAUUAGCAUUAAAAUUAGAUAAUAAAAAUCAACAAAACCAAAUUAACUUCAAAUUAUAAUGA